CUUCGAUCUUUUAAUCUGUCCCCCCUGAUUGCUGUUUUUCGUGAAGUAUUCCUGUUAAUACGGCCAUUGUUGGGGCGAGGAGAGAAUUUCUGCUUGGAUUCUGCUUCAAUUGCUGGAUUUUAGGUGGUACUUCUCUGCUGUUGGAAGUUUCCAACUUUAUUUCGCCUUCCUAGUUCCCAGCCGAAUUCGGAUUCAACAUCUGCCGGUUGGAAGAUCUAAGCUGGACGCACCGUCUCCUUGACUUCGCAUUUCGGUAUACGACCGUCGUCCACGGAAUCCGUCCAUCUCCGACAUCCUACCGCCACCAUGAUCGGCUCACGCUUUCUCCCGGCGCGAUUUCGCGAUGAUUCCCCAAACGCGCCUAGAAGUCAGCCUGGCUGGCUCAACCAACAGGUCACCUCCGUCCUCUUAUCCGUCUCAAAGAAGGCAUACACCCACCCGAUCCAUACCAUCGUCUUCGCCUCCCUCCUCGCAAGUACAACAUACAUUACGCUGCUGGAGGAGAGUCUAUUUAAAGAAUUGGGGCUACGAUCAGGGAGCGGAAAAGUUGACUUCGGAUCGUUGUCUGCCGGGAGCAAGCAGUUAACUCUCAGCCCGGAGACUGGCUGGAAAUGGGCAAGCGAAGACAACAAUUCUUCCAAGGACCUUGGCAGGUCUUCCCAUAAUCUUGCCCUUCUCACUCUCGUCUUCCCGGAUUCAACUCCUGCCGCUCCUCGAACCGCUCCGUUACACGCACACGUACCUAUCCCUUCGAAUUCUUCCGCGACAUCACUUCCGUCCUCGACAAAUCCAUUGUCUCCGUUAUCUUAUGAUUCUACGCUUGCAUUCUAUUUGUCAUACCUCGAGGCCUCCCAAUUCCUGGCUUCCGUGCAAGAGAUACCAGCUGAUGAGCAAGAACCCACCGAAGAAGAAACCCACGGCUGUGCCGCAGAAACGAAGAUGUGGAUCAUGCAAGCGGCUCGAACUGGAGGAAGAACCAGCCUUCGGAGAUGGGCAAAGAAUGCUUGGACUACGUUCCUUGACCUCUUAAAGAACGCAGAAACCCUGGACAUUAUCAUCAUGGUUCUCGGAUAUCUCUCGAUGCACGCGACAUUCGUCUCUCUCUUCCUUAGCAUGCGACGACUCGGUUCAAACUUUUGGCUAGCCACCACGGUCCUAUUCUCAUCCAGCUUCGCUUUCCUAUUUGGCCUCGUCAUCACUACGAAGCUGGGCAUUCCUCUAAACAUGGUUCUCUUGUCUGAAGGCCUACCGUUCCUUGUAGUUACGAUUGGCUUUGAAAAGCCUAUCAUGUUAACCAAGGCGGUUAUGAGCGCCGCACUUGACGCAAGACGACGUGCAGAGACUCACGCUCGCGACGGAAAGACUAUGAAAGAUGCCCGGUCCGAAGGCGCAAACCUGUUGACUAUUCAAGACGCUGUGCAGACAGCCGUCAACGAAAAGGGUGCCGAUAUUGUCCGAGACUACGCGAUCGAGAUCAUCAUCUUGGCGGCCGGCGCUGCUUCCGGCGUACAAGGCGGACUUCGUCCCUUCUGCUUCCUGGCAGCGUGGAUUCUCUUCUUCGACUGCAUUCUUCUAUUCACUUUCUAUACCAGCAUCCUCAGCAUCAAGCUCGAAAUCAACCGCAUCAAGCGCCACGUGGAUUUACGGAAGGCCCUUGAAGAUGAUGGCGUCAGUCGCACCGUUGCGGAAUUAACUGCCCGCAGUGAAGACUGGCCUGCCACCGACCCUUCUGAAGCGAAGAAAGGCAGCAGGACGGGGCCACACUACUAUACGGUGUUUGGGCAACGGGUGCGCGACUCCUCGAUUCCGAAGUUCAAGGUCCUCAUGGUUGGUGGCUUCAUCCUGAUCAACCUCCUCAAUCUGGCAACCAUUCCAUUCCGAUCGUCGCACAGCUUCCUGUCGCGGUCGCCAUCGUCCACGUUCAGCCUCGCUGGUAUGGGCGGUAAGGCCGAGAUGGACGUUUUCAAGGUUGCCGGGGCAGGUUUAGAAACCAUUGCUGAAUCCGCUAAAACUCACCGGGAAACGACUCGCGUCACCAUCUUCCCGCCUAUCAAAUACGAGCUUGAGUAUCCUUCGGUACACUACGCCAUCCCUCCCUCCAACAGCGUCGCAGGGGCCAAAACCAGUGUCGACGGCGACCGUAACGAUCAACUUCUCGGUGGCAUGGGCGUCGGCGGGGCAGUUGUGAACAGCAUCCUCGGCAGCCUAGAAGACCCCGUCCUGUCGAAAUGGAUUAUCGUUGCGCUAGCACUGAGUCUUGCGUUCAAUGGUUACCUGUUCAACGCCGCGCGAUGGAGCAUCAAGGAGCCCGCAAUCCAACACCCGCCACCGGAAGAACGUGAGAUGAUGACCGAACCGGGCGGAGAGGAGCAGAUUCCCGGCGAGGCACGCGCAUCAGCUUCUCAGCAGGCGGCACAGGAGCAGCAGGCGCAUGCGACCGAACUAGCGCGUGCAGUGGCCACGCAAGUUCCCGUGGUACCACAGCCGCGCGGUGACAGAACGUUGCAGGAAGCUGAACGCCUUGUCAAAGAAAAGCAGGCUCCGUUGGUGUCGGAUGAAGAAUUGAUCGAGCUUUCAGUGCGAGGCAAGAUUCCUGGGUAUGCGUUGGAGAAGACGCUUGGCGAUAAGACCCGUGCGGUCAAGAUCCGUCGAGCUCUCGUCAGUCGCACCCACGCUACUCGAGACACGUCCUCCCUGCUCGAGUCAUCACUCCUCCCGUACGAACGAUACGACUAUGACCGCGUCCACGGCGCGUGCUGCGAGAACGUCAUUGGAUACAUGCCACUCCCCGUCGGCGUCGCGGGCCCUCUCCUCAUCGACGGUCAAAACUACUUCCUCCCAAUGGCGACCACCGAAGGCGUCCUCGUCGCGAGCGCGUCCCGUGGCUGCAAAGCCAUCAACGCAUCCGGCGGCGCCACCACCGUUCUCACCGGCGACGGCAUGACGCGCGGACCCUGCGUGACGUUCCCGACGCUCACCCAGGCCGGGCAAGCGAAGCUCUGGCUCGACUCGGAGGACGGCCAGAAGGUCAUGAAGGCGGCGUUCAACAGCACGAGCCGAUUCGCGCGGCUCAACCAGCUGAAGACCGCGAUGGCCGGCACGUACCUGUACAUCCGCUUCAAGACGACGACAGGCGACGCAAUGGGGAUGAACAUGAUCUCCAAGGGCGUCGAGCACGCGCUCGCGGUCAUGCAGAAGCAAGCGGGCUUCGACAACAUGGAGAUCGUGACGCUUAGCGCGAACUACUGCACAGACAAGAAGCCCGCGGCGAUCAACUGGAUCGAUGGGCGCGGGAAGAGCGUGGUGGCCGAGGCGAUCAUCCCAGGCGACGUGGUGAAGAGCGUGCUGAAGACUACGGUCGAGGCGCUCGUAGAGAUGAACAUUGCGAAGAACUACAUCGGCAGCGCCAUGGCGGGGAGCAUAGGCGGGUUUAACGCGCACGCUGCGAAUAUAGUGACUGCGAUCUUUUUGGCGACGGGGCAGGAUCCGGCGCAGAAUGUGGAAUCGAGCAACUGCAUCACCGUCAUGCGAAAUAACAACGGCAACCUCCAAAUUUCCGUCUCCAUGCCCUCCAUCGAAGUCGGCACCAUCGGCGGCGGCACCAUCCUCGAGCCCCAAGGCGCUAUGCUCGACCUCCUUGGCGUGCGCGGCGCCCACCUCACCUCCCCCGGCGACAACGCCCGCCAGCUCGCCCGCAUCGUCGCCGCCGGCGUCCUCGCCGGCGAGCUCUCCCUCAACGCCGCCCUCGCCGCCGGCCACCUCGUCAAGGCGCACAUGGAGCAUAAUCGGUCCGCCGUGCCGAGUCGGGUGGGUACACCUGGGCCCGGGACGCCGGGUGGGGCGAACGGGGCGGCGACGCCGAGUGGGUUGGGGAUGACGGCGGCAAAGGAGAGGGGGACGAGGGGUUAGUUGAGGUGGGGGUAAUCUGUAGAACAUAGUGGUGCGGCGUCGUCGCCGGUGUAGUAUAUUGUCGAUCGGUUUCGCAUCAUCGUAGAUGGUGGGGAUUUAUUGUAUUCACCGACAAUAAUAUGCACGCUAGAUCGACCACGGGCGUGAGGUGGCUGUUUGGAUGCUCGUGAAAAGAUCAUAGAUAAAAACGUCUUUGGGAUCGUAGAUAGGCGUUGUGUAAGCCUUGCGAAUGUAUAUACUAUUGACAAAUAUGGCGUCCAAAUUGGAAUUUCGAAACAAUAUAAAAUCGCCUAGAAUCGCUCCGUAGAUUCCGCGUCGUACUUCUUC